AUGGGUCAUUGUAUGGUACGUGGUAGAAGAGGUGAAGCUUCUUCAUCUCGCCAGCCUUCUUCUUCUCGGGAGCGUCCUACUACGUCGACCAGUAGAAGAAGGAGGAUCGAGAGUUCUAGUGAACCGCCUAUUUCAGAGGCAGUAGAAGAGCCAGUAGCAGAUUAUGGGACACCAGUUGAGGAGCAUCCCAACCCUAAUCAAGGGGAAGCAACUAAUCAACCAUCUUCCUCUCAGCAUGAUGAUAUUUCUAAACCACUAUCUGGGGGCCCUAGUGAUAGAUCCAUUCUAAAAAGUUUUAAAAAUCAUGUUGCAUUUGCAAUAUGGGAAAGAGGCAUAUUAAAAUGUAGAAGUCAUGGCCUUAAAAUUCCUGAAUGGCCAUUGGAUAAUCAGUCUCGUGUUCGUGAUAUUGUUAUAGGGUCUAGUUUGUCACCAUUGCUAGAGUGUACUUAUCGAUAUACAAAUUAUGCUAUAGUCUCAGCAUUUACAGAGAGAUGGCAGCCUGAGACUAAUUCAUUUCAUUUACCAUUUGGAGAGAUAAGUAUAACAUUAUAUGAUGUUGCUGUUAUUUUGAAGAUUCUAGUAACCGGAAGAUUUGUAUCUGUGCCUCAUCAUUUGACACCUAGUUGA